CCCCUCCAGAAGACGCUCUAUGGAGCCAAUUGACAAUCAUACCUAGAUAUUCUUCCGAACAGGUCGACCAGUCAUGGGCUGGUGGAAUAAUCUCUGGUCGUCGAACACGACCGACGAUCCAUUGCGCUCUCUCGACCCCAAGCUCCGGGAAUUCCUCGAGAAGGAAUCGCCCGUGAAAUACAGCGCCGCGCAGCAGCAACGAGAAGCCGACCAGGCCGCCAGGCCAAAACAGCAAAAAAAUGAAAACGAGAACAAGAACGAGGCGGGGGAGAAGAGUAAUAAGCCGGUAGUCCCGCCGCAGAGCCAGUUCCAAGACGGCCGGUACGCGCACAUCUGGAAGACGUACCGGCCGCUCGCCGACAUCGAGGCCGAGACCAAGAGCGACCACGAGAAGCUGAUGGACGUGCUGGAGGGCUACAAGGAGCGCAAGGGCCAGAUCGGGAAGGCGGCGCUGGAGAACUGCGCCCUGGAGCAGGUCGACUGGCGCAAGUGCAUGAACAACCCGACCAUCUCCGAGCGCAUGACCAUGUGUCGCGACCAGAUCAAGAAGUUUGAGCGGUGCUACUUCAUGCAGACUCGACUGCUAAAAGCCCUCGGCUACCUAUCGACCUACAACCACUCCCCCGAAACCGAAGAAGACAUCCAACUGCACGCCGACGCGCUGUACCAACGCCUGCUCUCGCAAGAAGCCGAGAUCGCGGCCGCGAAGCAAGAAGGGCGGCCCAUACCCCAAUUCCCGCCGCUGAUACCGCGCACACACCAACUGGCGCAACUACAACAACAGCGGCAAGAAGAAUUGACGGCGGAGCAGGAGGCGGCUAUUAUGGAGCGGCUGAAAAAGGUGCCCCAACAAGACCGUGCCGCGGAGGAAGAGGCUAUCCGGGCGGAGUGGCGGGCGAAGGACGAGGUCGCCUCGCAGGUCGAAGGGAUCUGGAGGAAGCAGGAUAUGGAUAGGGAGGAGCGGAAGCGGAGGGGCGAGGAGACGAUGUGGGAUAAGUUGAGUGGGGCUUUUCGUAGUAGUGGUGGUGGUGAAGGUGAAAAUAAGAGGUGACCUACGCUUCAUUUCGCUAUAUCGAGUAUACUACUAUACCUUACCCGAUGUCUACCUAUCUAGACACGAAGCUCAUGAUGGAUGAUAUGGGGCAUAAUGCAUGGUAAGACCUGGCUCCUGCGCUCAGUUGUUGAUCUACUGGAUGCGAUUGUAUCAUACUUGUUUAUACUGAACAGCCAUAUGCGUGUGUAUGUAUACCACGCAUGAUCCUAUGGGAUGAAAAAAAAGCAAUUCAAAUACAUAGAACAAGUCAUGUUAACGGAGUAGAGGCACAGCGCCUUUGCAGGUUAAAAAUCACCGCGAAUACUCUCACAUGUAUAGCGAAUAUUCAUUCAAACUUAAUCAACCAAGUUGGAAGAAGGUGUUGUUGUAAAAAAAUGUCAAAUAUUGAUAGAAUGGAGAGAAAAUAAACAAAAAAAUGAGUAAGGUCUCCC